CGAGCCAAUAGUGCAAUGCAGAGUAGUAGAAGGUGACAGUGGAUAAAGGAAGGACGCGCUUGUUGCCUAGAAGUAUUGCUUCUUGGUUCGAAUCAUAGCGCAUUUGUGUAAUUCGGAGCAAGGCCGGUUGUGCAGACGCCGAAUUAUAAAUCAAAAACCACCCACAGAGUCUCACCCUGUAAUCAGCCCACCACGAGUACGUAGUAGAAGUUUAUCAGGUUUUUUUCAAAGCUAACGUACCAGUGGCGAUUGCAGUAGUGUCAGUGUCUUUUCAGACUUUACUAGAAUCUGGCGGUUUUUUUUUACGGCAUACUGCACCUUUUAGCAAAUUUAAGGAAAGCGCUAAGAGUAUUUUUUUAUCAAGCGCAGCCGCACAAGGAAUUUUAGUUAUCACUUUUCUUUACGGUAAUAUCUUUUUUGCUUUAGUUAGUCGUUUCUUAGUUUAGUUUUCGUAGUUUAUUUUUCCAAAGUUUCGUUCUUGAUCUUGCUUUCGCCAUACUUUUUCUACUAGCUUCAGACAGCUCUUAUCUAGGCUACUUUUCACUCCUUCUGCUUUUUCUGACUCCAGAGGUAGUAAUACUCAUCAUUGUCGAUAUAGCUUCAUCUGCUUCUUAUCCUUUAUCCUUCUUUACGAUUCGAUUCGCAUAUUCCGCAUAGUUAUUUCACAUAUUUGUUUCUGUGGCAUAGGACACAUCUACUAUCGUUCUGCAGCAGCAUACAACAACCAGAGUCGGAACCACAGCGUGCUGCAGCGCAACCGUUCGCACACACGUCUGCUGGACACCGUAAAGCACUGGAAGGUGAGGUCGGGCUCAAUCAAAUUGUAAGAGGUGCUCAGUAGAGUAGCCUGUAAUACUUAAACGCUUCUGAGACCGCUAACAGUACUACUACCUAUUUUGUAAUAACUUCGCUGCCAGGCCCAGGGCGCCGCGCAAAGUUAAACCCGCUAUGGUAGUAGAAAAUAUUUCUACUACAGUACAAUAGACGGAAUCACCACAUGGACCACGCGCAAGCAUUAGGCGGCUAAAAAACUAAAACUAACCGGUGGAGCACGAGAAGGAGUUGCGCUCAUUGUCGUGCUGGAACAAACCUCUACCAGCUCAACGUCCACCGCCUUAGAGAUUUCUCCUCGUCAACGCACGGAUAGAAAACCAAAACUCAACAUACCGAACAGGAGCGGUGCCUCGAGUAAAAACUUGAUCAUGCAGAUCCACGACAAUAAGCCGCAGGACGAGAAUCUUCAUACCAUUCCAUCUCAAGAAGACGGCGUGCUUCUUCGGACCUAGGGAAGAACAAGGGUAGUAGUUCCUCUUUCAAUGGGUAUGAGCACCGGCCCUGUCCCGGCUGCCAUGCAGCUGACCGAUGUGCUUCUCGCGUGUAGCAAGCCGGAGGAGGUUUUGCGUAAAAAUGCGGAGCAGCAGCUGCAGCACGCGCUGCACAACCACACCGACGAGUAUUUCAAGCUACUCGCCGAGGAGCUCGCGGACGAUUCCAAGCCCGCGGUAACGCGCCAGCUGGCCGCGACACAGCUCAAAAACGCCCUCUACGGCAAAUCCAAGUCCUCCAACCGCGACGCCGAGCAGCGGUGGCUGGGCACCAGCGACAAUGUCAAGGUGCGCGUCCGAGAGCUGCUCGUGCUCUCCCUACAGAGCCGGGAGGAAAUCGGGAGGAAAUUUGCAGCACUGGUAUUGAUAGUGUGGAAAUAGAUUACUAGUUUUGCUGAGCGAAGUAGAGUAGUCAUCAACAGCAUAGAUCCCAACUAGUCGUGUAGGGCCAAGAUCGUGCGGUAGUCUUUCCUCAAGAUUGUGAUUAGUGAAAAAGUGCAGCAAAAUAAACGCUAGAGGCGCGAACGAGUUUUACUUUGCAAGAAAUCUACUUCCGACGUUUUAACCCCACAUACAACAGGUUUUCGGCAAGCUGGCAGCGAUUGAGAUUCCGAACCGAUCCUGGCCGAAGCUAGUUCCCUGUCUGUUGGAAAGAAUAGAGAACGCGAAGAAUGAGUACUCCCAGGACACAAGGAAGGCGGCGAUUCAAUCGCUGGGGUUCAUAUCGGAGGAGCUUGCACUUCUCUCCGAUGAGGGAGCCUACCGCAUGAAUGAGGCCGACACCACGGCUAUCCUCGCAGCAAUCGUGCAGGGUAUUAUAGCUACGUGGUCUACUGUGCUCAAAGUUUUGUUUGCGUACAGUUUUUUCAGACCCAGCUACAGAUGUGGGUUUAGCAGGCUGCAUUCUUGUUGGUGGAAUCGAUUUCACUGGAAUCAUUUAAAAAAUAGUAGGUUGUCGAGAACUUCUACUUCUUCGCUGUACUAUAAUUUCACAGGUAUGCUCGACGAGGCCCGGGAAAUUAAGCUGGAAGCCACGAAAGCCAUGCUUUUUACCAUUCUCCUGGCCGAAGACGCUUUUCACAAGCAGGAGCACCGGGAUAUGCUGAUGGAGAUCGUGUUGCGCUCCUGCAUCGACCACAAUGACAAAGAAAUCCAAAUGAGCAGCCUGGAGAUAUUGACCAAAGUCUUCGAAAGGUACUUACAAUUAUAGCCACGUAGCUGGUGCUGUCCUGCUAAGACAAAUAAGUAUCUAUGCAGAAGAACGACGAGAAAAAAUCCCAUUUUUUUUCAAGUCCACCCCAUCAACAAAAAAAAAGGUAUUACGAUCAUAUGGGUCCUUACAUCAAAGUGAUCGCGGAGGCGACAUGGCAGCUGAUUGAGAGCAACAUUGAGGGCGUGGACAUCCGCGCGAUGAUGGUCUGGACCCAGAUUGCCGAGGAGGAGCUGAACAUUCUGGAGGAAAACGCGUACGCCGGCCGGGAAAUACGCCGGUGUUUAAACUUUAUCAGCGACGCGCGGGAAAUCCUGAUUCCCCACUUGACAAAAAAACUCAUCGACUUGCACCAGGCCGAAGACUACGACAGCGAGGAGUACACGCUGAAAAUGGCCUCGCAGAUCUCGCUCAGUAAGAAAGAACUUUUUAUUCAGCAUGACGAGCUUUCUUCCUACAAAAAGAAGUCCUGAUGUUUUACUUGACUGGAUGAAUCAAUUGUUGAACUUUAUAAACUUUUCCAAAAUAAAACAGAGUACUGCGCGCAAAUCUUGCGCAACGACGUGAUAUCACCCGUGGUGAAGUUUGUCGGUACCUACAGCCAGAGCAGCAACUGGCGGGAGCGCGAGGCGGCGAUUCUCGCGGUGGGCAGUAUGAUGGACGGGCCCGAAUCGGGGUCCGAGCUGGAAACCAUGUUGUCGGGGUGCUUUGACUACCUGUAUGAAAAUCUGUCGUAUCAAAUGUAAAAAUGUCUGGGUCUGGAAGAGUCAUGCUGUUUUUGCAUGACACAGAAGGUCUGGCAUGGAAGCUCUAGCAUCACAGGUUUCGAGAACCUUCCGCAAUGCCGAAUCCGCAUGACAAGUCCCCUAUUUUGCUGACGAAAAGUGGGAGCUUUUGCUACGUAUGCAUGAGAGACUUUUCUGUGUUCUGAAAUACGCAUUACAAGUUGCAUUCUUCCAGACCCAGAGAUUUUUGCAUUUGAUAUGUCGCACAACGUGAUCGCCGUCCGGGAUACCACCGCCUGGACGGUGGCGACCAUCGUGAAGCACCACAUAUCAAAUGUAAAAAUGUCUGGGUCUGGAAGAUUGCCAGGUUUGUCAUGCACAUUUUGCAUGACUCCUCAUGUCUGUGAUGCAUGCCCUAGCAUCACAGAUUUUGUGAGGGCUUCCUGAUGCCUAUAUCGCAUGACAAAUGCUCUUUCCUUGUAGCAAAACUUGGACUCUUACUCUUUUUGCUGCUCAUGCAAUACAGAUUUUAGAAUCCAAAAUCAGCAUGACAAGUUGGAUUCUUCCAGACCCAGACAUUUUUACAGUUGAUACCACAUGAAGAUCUGCAACGUGGACGUGCUGUUGGAGCGGCUGGCCAUCCAGAUGGACCAGGACGUCCCGCGCGUGAACCGACACAUCUGCUUCGCGUUCCACGUGGUCUCCGAGCAGGGCUACCAGAUGAACGAGCAGCUGUUUCAAAAGGUGGCCGCGGUUCUCCUGAAAAACGCGGAAGACGAAUCCAGUUCCGCGAAGGAGCAGCGACUGCAGAUAUCAAAUGUAAAAAUGUCUGGGUCUGGAAGAUUGCCAGGUUUGUCCUGCACAUUUUGCAUGACUCCUGAUGUCUGUGAUGCAUGCCCUAGCAUCACAGAUUUUGUGACGGCUUCCUGAUGCCUAUACCGCAUGACAAAUGCUCUUUCCGUGUAGCAAAACUUGGACUCUCUUUGCUGCUCAUGCAAUACAGAUUUUCUUAGAAUCCAAAAUCAGCAUGACAAGUUGGAUUCUUGCAGACCCAGACACUUUUACAGUUGAUAGCAGAGCAACGCCUACAACGCCCUGGCGAUCAUGAUCAAAAAGAGCUGCAACACCGGGCUGGGGCAGAAUCUUCACAUGCAGAAUGCGAACAGCCCGGUUGUGAGCAUGAUGACGGUCCAGAAGAUCACGGAAGUGAUUCUAGACCGGCUGGAGCAAGCGUUGCGACAGAAACGGAAUGACCCACAGUGUGAGUUACACGGAAAUCUCUGCGUGUGCCUGUCGGAGCUGGUCGAAAAGUUCCCGAAGGAACAAAUCCUGCAGAAUCAAGCCUUGCCAGACAGGAUCAUGACAUUGUAUUUUUUGCUCUGCUAUAGUGAAAUGUUUUUCUGUUGUGGCCACCGAACAGCAGUCAUUGUAUGCAUCGCAACUUCAGAGAAAUGUUUAUCAAUAAUUUUACCGGUCUGACUGCGCACGGUGAUAUCAUGAUGAAGGAAGUUCUAAUCGAGGAUGAGGAAAACAACACAUCACAGGUACGUCGAGGCUCUGGAUUUGUAUGCGAUCCAGAACGAGAACACGCACGUGCUCCCGGACGCCCUGAUGGCCGUUGGUUUGAUGAUAAAGAAGCUGGGCAGCAAUUUCGAGCCAUACAUGCAGCGAUGCGUCAAGUACUUCCAGAUGGGUCUUCAGAAUUACGAAGAUGUGCAGACCUGCAACAUGUGCACCGCGCUUAUCGGCAACCCGCUAGCCAACAAUUUGCGGGAGCGGUUUCUGCCUUAUAGCGAGCAAUUGAUACAGCUAGUGAUAAAUAACGUGCGCCAAGAGGAUGUGGAUAAGAAGGUACGAGGAAUUUUUUUUCAUUCUAAUAAUGAAAUGAGUAGUCAAAGUCAUUUAUUUUUUAUCCACUUAAAAAUCCGGUCUUAGCUUCAUUUGACGACCUCUGGUGUACGAAAAAACAGAUCAAGCUUUCCUGCAUCUGCGCGCUCGGCGACGUUGCAAUGGCCCUGGGCGGCAAAUUUGCUCCCGCGCUCCCCCAGGUGGGGCAGGUGCUGCAGCUAGCCGCCUCGGUGCAGGUAGAGGACGCCGACCUGGACAGUUAUGACUGGAUCGAGUACGUGAACAAGCUGCGCGAAACCGUUCUCGAGGCGUACAUUUCUAUCGCCUACGGCCUAUCCGAGGGGAACGAACUGCACCAAUUCAAGAGUUGGGUCACCCCGAUUCUGGGGCUGAUCAGCAUCAUCGUGCAAGACAGCAAGCGAAGUAACCCGAACGACGGCGGUAACAGCAGCGGAAGCAUGCUCACCACGACGUCGCCCGGAAGUAGCUCUUUGGUUUCCAAAGACGUGAUGAAGCAGGCCUGCAACACGAUGGGCGACUUGAUCAACUUCUUCCAGAAGGAGCUCUGCAGCUACCUGAAAGACGCCCCGUUCCUGCCCGAUCUGAUCCAAUACGCGCAGAACACCAAUGACGCCGAUGUACUCAACACUCUUUCUUGGCUGAAAACCGGACUGCAAAAGUACGGCGCAUAAUGAUCAACCUGUUGGCAAGAACGACCAGGCUGCAUAGUAGAAGUUGUAAAAUGAAUCACAAGCGACUACGACUUCUAGGAGAACUGUAACAGUUUCGGCUCGCUGCAGCGGAAAGUGUAGUGGUGAUCGGCUUAUUUCUUGUUGCGACGUUGGUACAGGCGGCUCAGCUCUCCUCCGAGUCGGUGGAAGAAAGCCGCGGCAUUCGCAGCCGGCACGGUCGAUCGCAACCCGAUCUUUUUGGAGGAGGUUCGUCUCAACUAGGUACAUCUUUUCCGCCCCAGAGGACACGGCCUACCCGCUGGGGAUGGUACUGUUGGGACCCCUCUCCCCGUGCAAGAUUCAUCGCUGGCAGCCUGUGUUGAGACCCCGGAGCGCACCACACGUCGAAGUAAAAAGAAAGCAAUUAUAACAGUAACACUCACGACCACGCUCCUACCGCUCCUACAGAUAGAUAAAAGAUCAACGAGAACAAAAAACACACACACAAACUCACAUCGACGAAAAACCACGGCAAUACUCCCUGCCGCUGGGAUCAGACGCAAUACAAGCGAAGAAAAACUAGUACAAUGCGUAUUUACACUAAACACACACACAACUUUAUUAUUCGAGAAUCAAUAGCAACAGUUAAACUUAAAACACACACACAACUUUAGUUUUUAGCGUAUUUUCACACAGCACUGAUGUCUUGGCAAGACAAGAGCAUCUAUAGACGAAACGUGUGAGUCGCUACGACGAGCUGCUCACACGUAAAAAAAAAUUUAAGGCGCGUGCUCUAUUGGUAGUGGCGAAAUAAAAGGUAUUUUACACGACCCGGAGACCAGGAGGAGAAUGUUGUAUGAAAAUUGUCAAAGGAAUGUACGACGUAGUAGCAUUUCAUUUCCUGUAUCCGGAACAACGAAGCCACACGUAUACGAAAUUUUAUCAUAGAGCACUCGCGGUGGAAGCCGCGUCUCGCGCAAAUAGUAUCCUAGUCCACCCCCGAAGAGUUGCGGUGGGGGCUCAAUCGCAAUAAAGGCAACCCACCCGGUCUGCCCCGCCUGGUAGCGACUACUUUGAAAGAACAUUGUAUAGUGAUGAUGUACUUCUUCUUCUGCCACAACAAGAUAGAAGGAGCAAGAACUUCUCAUGCUCGUGCCUCUUUUCACCUUUCUCUAGGUGCCGAAAGGCUCGUGCGAGUUGAAGAACGUAUACUCUUCACCACGAGGAGCAGUGCAGAGCUGCGACUAGUGGAGUUUUACCUUUCUCUUAGCGAAUCUAAUUCUAAUCGCAAUUCCUAUUCGUCUUCUCCCCUAAAUUUUUUUUCUUCUUUUUUUUCUUCGUUUUCCUUUUCGUAGUUUUUGUAUUCUUGGUUUUGGUUUUGAUGUGGUAACAUGUAGAUGCACCGCUACCGUUACGACAUUUACUACUCGUUUAUUUUGGUUUGGUAUCACAGUUCUCGAACGACAAGAAGGGGAAUGUUAUGGCCGCAAAACCUUGCAGUUUAGAAUUCCCUACGGACGACACGAGGCGAAAAAAGAAGAUGGGCCUGAUCUCUUCUCGCUGCGCACGUAAUUAUUUUCAAGAAUGUAGUAAGUAUCGAAAGGCAAGAGGAAAUAAAGUCUGAGUUGAUUAAGAAACAGGCACAGAAAAUCCUAGUUGCCGUUUGGUCUCAGCCGGUUGUGUUGUUCCUGCCUCAGACCGAGAAGAUACUUGUUUCCUCUGGAUAUUAGUUCUUGUCGUGCUACUUCGC